AGAAGCUCAAGUGAGCACGAUCUCUUGGAGUGCAUUGUGACUUGUGGGGAAGGAGGGGUAGCUUACUUCCUUCGCCCAUAUAUAGUCCGUCGUCCUCCCUCCGUCUUCUCCCAGCGGUGUGGCCGUAUCUCUUUGCUGCACAGUCGCGAGCUUCGUGGGACCAAAGGUUGAGAGAUAUCAAGCGGACAGUCUCAUUGUGUUUUCGUCCUCCUUAUUUUUUAAUCAUGUUUUAUUCACGAGUUUUCGUGCCUGUCGUGGCCCUUUUUUCGACAUCGCUGGCCAUUCCUCAACCUGCCAAUCUCAAUCUACCAAGACAAGAUCGUCCAGACAAUCAUACAUUGAACAGAGAACGAGCAGAUGCCGUCAAAGCAGCCUUCGUAUAUGCUUGGGAUGGAUAUUACAAGUACGCGUUUCCCAAUGACGAAUUGCAUCCGAUUAGCAACAGUUUCAGCAACUCGAGAAACGGCUGGGGAGCCUCUGCAGUGGACGCCUUCAGUACUGCAAUCGUGAUGCAAAUCCAACCGAUCGUGACAGAGAUCUUGAAUUUCAUCCCUACGAUUGAUUUCGAUACUACGACCAGUCAAGUUUCGCUCUUCGAAACCACAAUCAGAUAUCUUGCAGGAAUGCUAUCAGGGUACGACUUCCUGACCGGUCCACUCUCAAACCUUGCUUCGAACAAAACAGCUGUUCCUUUGAUCCUUAAACAAGCCGAACGUCUUGCCAACAACCUUGCAUAUGCUUUCGACACCCCUACCGGGAUUCCCAGCAACAAUUUAAACUUCCCCAAUGGGACUGAUGGAUCGACCACCAACGGCCUCGCGACCAUUGGAUCACUUGUUCUGGAAUGGACACAUCUUUCUGAUCUGACUGGAAACCCGCUCUAUGGCGAACUUGCUCAAAAGGGCGAAUCCUACCUCUUGAACCCUAAACCAGCUUCAAGUGAGCCAUGGCCAGGAUUGGUUGGUACGAACGUUAACCUCACUACUGGGCUUUUCGUGGAUGCAUCUGGAGGGUGGGUUGGAGGAGAUGACAGCUUUUACGAGUAUCUCAUUAAAAUGUACGUCUACGACUCGACUCGAUUCGCCAACUACAGAGACCGCUGGAUUCUAGCAGCAGAUUCUUCAAUCGCACAUCUAGCAAGCCAUCCAUCAACUCGUCCAGAUCUCACCUUCCUAGCACAAUUCGACGGCCAAGAACUCAUCUUCCAGUCUGAGCAUCUCGCCUGUUUCGAUGGUGGAAAUUUCAUUCUUGCCGGUCUCGUCCUCAAAGAGCAGAAGUACACCGACUUUGGCCUCGCUCUGGUAAAUGCAUGCCACGACACUUAUAUCAGCACACUCACUGGCAUUGGGCCCGAAGUCUUCCGCUGGGUGACCAACACAACCGCUGCAAACGACACCGACAACCCAGGCCCAUCAGCCGAUCAAGAAGCUUUCUAUGCUAAAGCUGGUUUCUACAUCACCGACAGCGUCUACAUCCUUCGCCCCGAAGUUCUCGAAUCGUUCUACUAUGCCUAUCGCGCUACAGGAGACCAAAUGUACCGUGACUGGGCUUGGAAUGCAUUCCUCGCCAUCAACAGCACGUGUGCAGUUGGCAGCGGAUUUGCAGAGCUACUGAAUGUAAACGCCGCUGGUGGAGGAGGAUAUAAUGACUUCCAAGACAGCUUUUUGUUUGCGGAAGUGAUGAAGUACAGCUACUUAAUUCAUGCCCCGGACAAUGUGUGGCAAGUGGACAACAAUGGUGAAAACCAGUGGGUAUUUAAUACGGAGGCUCACCCGUUCAAGGUCGCUGGACCUCCUCUUUAGCAUACUAAAUUAGAAAUUGAGCUAGAAAGAGAUCUAAAUAAUGACAAC